GGGCGCGGGGCGGCGAGCGGGCCGCGCCGCCCGCCAUGGGCAUCCUGGAGAAGAUCUCGGAGAUCGAGAGGGAGAUCGCGCGCACGCAGAAGAACAAGGCCACCGAGUACCACCUGGGCCUGCUCAAGGCCAAGCUCGCCAAGUACCGCGCGCAGCUGCUGGAGCCCUCCAAGUCCUCGGCCGCCAAAGGAGAGGGCUUCGAUGUGAUGAAAUCGGGCGAUGCCCGCGUGGCGCUCAUCGGCUUCCCCUCCGUGGGCAAGUCCACGUUUUUGAGUUUGAUGACCUCAACGGCCAGCGAAGCUGCAUCGUACGAGUUCACAACCCUCACGUGCAUCCCAGGAGUCAUAGAAUACAAAGGAGCCAACAUUCAGCUCUUGGAUCUGCCUGGGAUCAUCGAAGGAGCAGCACAAGGGAAGGGCAGAGGCCGGCAGGUCAUAGCGGUGGCCAGGACUGCAGACGUCGUUAUCAUGAUGCUGGAUGCCACCAAGGGUGAAGUACAGAGGGCCCUGCUGGAGAAAGAACUGGAGUCUGUAGGAAUCCGUCUGAACAAAAGCAAACCAAAUAUCUAUUUCAAGCCCAAGAAGGGUGGAGGAAUCUCCUUCAACUCGACUGUAACAUUGACCCAGUGCUCGGAGAAGUUGGUGCAGCUCAUCCUCCAUGAAUACAAAAUCUUCAAUGCCGAGGUCCUCUUUAGAGAGGAUUGUUCUCCCGACGAGUUCAUCGACGUGAUUGUAGGCAACAGGGUCUAUAUGCCCUGCCUCUAUGUUUAUAACAAGAUUGACCAGAUAUCUAUGGAGGAGGUGGAUCGUCUUGCUCGGAGGCCCCACAGUGUUGUAAUCAGCUGUGGCAUGAAACUGAAUCUGGAUUACUUACUGGAGAAGCUCUGGGAAUACCUUGCACUUACCUGCAUCUACACCAAGAAACGAGGACAGAGACCAGACUUCACAGAUGCCAUUAUUCUACGGAAAGGGGCCUCUGUGGAGCAUGUGUGCCAUCGAAUUCACAGAUCGUUAGCCAGCCAGUUCAAAUAUGCCUUGGUGUGGGGGACAAGCACAAAAUACAGUCCUCAAAGAGUGGGCUUGACUCACGUGAUGGAGCACGAAGAUGUCAUUCAGAUCGUCAAGAAAUAACCCUCUUUGCUCUUCACCAGUGCCUGGCCUUGUCUUAGUCACUAGAAUUGGAACUGACCACAUAAAAGCAAAACAAAACAAAAAGGAGAAAAAAAAAGAAACGAGAGAGAGAGAAAAGGGAGACGUUCCACAGCCAAGAAAGCUUCUGUGAAGCUCGUUCCCUUGGAGAAGGGCAGGGAAUGAGGCUACUCGCAGGUGGGGAUGGGGCUGAUGGGUUUCCAUCUUGCAGCAUUUCAAGUGAGGUGAUGACUCUAAAUAAAAAAGGAGUCCACUUUUGUGGGACGGAACUCCUAGAUCAGCAGCUCCUGCCCCUAGYAGGGUUUGCCUGUGUCCAUCUGUUAACCUGCCGGUGACUUGCUCUGCCAGUGGGAARUCGAUGGGUUUGUGUGAGCAAACCUGGCUCGCUGCUUUGGGACAGGGAAACAGGGCUGGGGGACCGUUCCUGGUGCUUUGCUGCGUGUCCACUCACUCAAUUUAAGCAUUUGAAAUGGAAAUACCUGAAACAAAGUUUUCCCUCCCCUGCUCACUGGACAUGUUGCCUCUACAGCUUUCACCAGGGGCAACUUUAGUGUCUAUCUGGGAUGACCCUCAGCUAGUUUUUAAUGGUGCCACCUUCAUUAUAUUAAAACCUGGCACUCCGUGCCCCGUGUCAGCUCUGCAGUAGGGUUAGCAGGACAUCUGGUCCAAUUGGUAGUACCAAUAGAAAUGAGAAAUUAAACCUUGCUAAUGAGUGAUUGACCCAGCCGAACUGCAGCCCGGUACGAGCAAAGAGCCAUAGGCUGCCCUGGGAAUCUACUUCUGGCAUAUCACUGAUCCGAGAAAUUAUCUUGGGAAUUUCCUGUUUUGCUCUCGUCCUGCCCGUUAGUCCCCAAGAGUAGUUCUGGGGAUCUGAUUCUUAGUCAUACACCUAAAUUCCAGUAGAAACUCUUUGGAGGAUGAACUUCCAUCCAAUGCCAUGGGUUUCACGGCAGCCCUGUUAAAUAAUACGGCUCGUGUGGAUAUUUUUCAUGAGAAUUGUGGCAUUUUUUUCUAAUCAUACUUUUUCAUUGACUAUUGAUGCUGACCAGUUCAGAGUGCCUGAUAGAGAACAGCUCUUUUCUUCUGGGAUCCAGAGCUGCCGAUAGCAUUUAUUUUCUUUCAUUGGAAAAGGGUUUAGUCUGAUGUGGAUUCGUAACUGCC